UUAUACGAUUUUUUUUUUAAAAAAAAAGAAGUUUUAAGUCUGUAUUUUGUGGUUAUAACUGGUUCAUAUUAAACCAUACCAUCUACAACGACAAACUGAGACCGAUACAACAAUUAUAUCUUUCAUAUGAAUUUUUCACGUUAUAUCUUUAUGUUUUUUGGAUCAGUCUUCUGUUCUGGUGCAAUGACCUCAUCACUCCCAAACGAUAAUGGAGUUUUGGGAAGUAAUAAAGAAGCUAUAUUGAGUGAUCCAGGCGCUCAACUUCGCACCAACACCGAACCAAGCUUUUUGGGAUUUAACUCAAUGUCACCAGUUUAUCAGAGACCGGAUGAUCCAGAACCAUUCCGUGUCAACACUUUCAUACUUUUUGUGGGGAUGCCCCUGGCAGCUAUAGUGUUUCCUCUAUGGGCUACUAUGGCAACAGAUUUUGCAACGGCCGCCAAAAACAAAUGGAUCCAUUGGUGGCUUGGCGAUCAACAACCGAUUAAAAGAGAUGGGUCUCCUGAUUGGACGGUGGUGUCGGGCUACGAUUGUUCACAGCCACAAACUUGUCUAUUGACGGAUAGCGUUGGAGAUGCUACAUUCGGAAUACUGGAAGAUUCAGAAUCAACACAACCUUCUUCUUAUCUAUCAUUUGACGAAGCCGGCAAUGUAAAGUCUAGGAAAGUUAAGAUUUCUUAUCCCGAUCCAAGUGGUAAAAGAGAUAUGAUGUAUUUGAAUUACCGUUACGAAACUGCCCCAGGACAUUCUGAUACCCAACUAUCUUAUGACGAGGUAUAUAACUAUGUCUUAGGAUGUGCUGAUGUGUCGCAAUUAGAUAAGUACGCUGAUACAGGUGUCUUUUGUGGAGGUAUGGAUAAUGGAGGGGAUUGGCAAGCUUAUAUACAGUUGUGGGCUGAAGAUAGAGACCACGAAGUGUUCAUGAAUUCCUUGAUAAUUGGAGAGAUGAACUCUAACAAUGUAGUACUUUUUGGUAGCACACUAAUUGAAGCUGAUUUGUUGGUUUGUAAAGUUGAAGCAUGUCAUAUUUUGGUUGUGAAAUAUAAAUACGUUAUGUAAUGAUCAUUAACAUUUUUAUCAGAAAUUCUAUCCAUAUUAUGACGCUUGUGGAGUAACGCUUCCAGCUAAUUCAACAGUCCCAUCAAAUCUUCAUAUUAUAAGGAAGACUCUCGCAUAGUAAACGUAGAUAAGCUCCUAUGUGAUUGAGACACUC